AUGACUGCCGCAAGGGCCUCGUUUGCGAAAAAGGAUAUUUGCCUUGCCCCCAAGAGCAAGCGUGAGAACUCCAAGUCCCAGCUCCAGGGUGCUUGCGAUGUCAACGGAGACUGUGUGAACCUUUCCUGCAGCAACAGCGUCUGUGUCGUCGCCAACCAGAAGAGCAACGACCAGGACCAGAACGAGCAGCAGAAGCGCGAUGCCGGUGACAAGUGCCAGUCUGACAACGACUGCACCAUCGAGAACCAGACUUGCCAAGACUUGCCAGUUGAUCGUAUGUACUCCCAAAACUCACUCUCUACAUGA